AAGUGAGAUAGCAUAUGGUCGUCGCUUCGGUUUGGUGCGCGGCUCUACAAGUUCAUUCUACUCGCGAGGGGUCGAACUUCAAACGGAUCCCACACACCAGUAGAAAACGAUCGUAUUCUAGUUGGUCGGACUAAAAAAAAAAUAAAAACGUGCAAAAUCAUCAGUCGGUGAACGGUUGGUAUUCGGCAGAGUGAUCGCGGCGGGACGAUCGUGAGAGAGCUGAGCUCUCUUCCUGUCGACACGCUUCCCUACCUGGAGUUUAUUUCCUCGUGAAUGUCACAAGUCAAGAGAGUAGUCACAACGUGCUUACAAAUUUAUACACUGCAAAAUACAAGUUGAAUAGAAUUUUUCUUUUUGUGGUUUACUGCGUGGAUAAAUAAUAAUAAUAACAAUAUGUGUGACGUAACAUAUACAGCAUGGUAUAAUAUAUCGAUGUGAACGAGCGUCAUUCGGGCGCUUUUACGAUCUGAUAAAACUGGCUAAAAAUACAAUAAAAGACUUUUAUCAAAAAAAGUACAAACGAUAAGGCCACCAGUUUUCAUUCAACUGUGAAAAGUGUAAGACACACGUAUAAUUUUAGCAGCUAUGAAACCAGAGGCAGAACACAGAGUUGAACAGCUUCGAAAAGCUACUGAUAGGAUUCAAAAGGAAAUUGAAGAAGUGACGGAAAGAGAACACGAACUUAGAAACGUUGGAAGUAUAAAAACUACGUCCCAUGAAACUGUCGAUUCGAAGGUUCGACGAAUGCCACAGGCUCUCAAAUUAAAAAGGACAACGUCCACACCUCAAAUAUUGGAAACAAUCACAUCACCCUCAACGCAAACGGUACCAAUUUUAACACCGAAAAUGACAAAUGGAGUGAUUUCAACUCGAACAACACCAACGCCAUUGCGUUUUGCAACAAGUCCAAGUCAAAAAGGAUUGAUGCAUAGGUUUUUGGCGACACGUGGAAAAAUUUAUAAAUCUCAAUCAAUUAAUAAUGAAUUAAUUAAACAGUCCUCCGCGCCUACUAUCACUCUCAAUCCAUUAAGCAUAAAAGCCUUUAACAGAAGUCUAGAUAUUCAAAUUGAAUCAGAUGAACCUAAAAUGAAACCCACAAGAAAAGGAUUCGUUCCAGUUGAACAAAAAAUUCAGAAAGAACUCACUGAGAUGAAAGAGCGAGAAAAUGAGUUAAGAUUGAUGAGAUCACAAAUGCUGGCUAAGUCUCAGCCUAAUUUGUUAGAUAUUGGAAAUGAUAAUGAUUCUGAUAUUUAUGAUGGUGCUAGUUCUUUGAGAAGUGGUACUUCAAGUAAUACUUUAAAUGACGAUGAAGUGGAAAAAGAAAAUAAAGGAAGGCACAAGCCAAACCCAAGACGCCGAAGCACGUUAAUAGCACAAUGGGAAAGUCUAAUUGCCGCUAAAAAAGAGUCGACUGAUAAUUUCAACGAAAAUAACAAUACUGUAUAACAGUAUAAUUUAUUUAAUCAAUGUUUAUUUCAUUGAAUAUUAUGUUCGCUUACAUUACAUUAAAUUAUUUAUAUGUUUUUUUUCUCACAAUUCAAAAGCCUUAAGUGCAAAAAUAAUAAAACGCAAAAUGGCAUCAAUAAUGAAGAUAUAUGACUUUAAGUCAUGCGUUUAAUAAAAAAAAAAAAAAUUUGUAAUACUUUUUAAUCGCUUUAAGCUGAUUUAAGAAGUAUUUAAGAAAUGAAAAAAAAGACUUAUUGAAAUUUGAUAGAUCGUAAGCUUAUUGAUUGUAAUCGACUGAAACGAUUUUACACGCAAUAUUAUAAAUUCAGUAUUAAAUUAUUCUUAUUAUAAUUAUAAUUAUCAAGUGAAAAAUGAAAAUUUUCAAUCAAAAAAUCGUUAAGAGUCGAAAAUGAAAAUUUGUAUUUUAUAUUUACUUUUUGGCAUAAAUUAUUAUUUUACGAAAUUAUUUAUUCAUAGGUAUAAUAUUUAUUUAUUAAACAAAUUUAUUUAUCAAAUUGAUGAAUAUAAAUUUGUCAAUUUUAUAUAAAUUUUUUUUUUGAAUAUUUUUUGUAAUUUUGAAAAACAAAAAGUUUUCUUUUAAAUAAUUGCAUGUUUUUUGAAAAUAACAUUUAUUAUUAUAAAAAGUUCCUUAGCGUUGAUAAAACAAUUCAUUUUUGUAUUUAUAUAAUAAUAUUCGGUUUUAUUUAUUACAAUCCAUAAAAAAAGUAAUAUAAUAUAUUUUCGUCAAUUGUAAAAAAAAAAAAAAAAAAAAAUUGGAAGUUGAAAAAAUAUGCAGACUGUGUUUGUAAAUUUGAGGCUUCAUAAUUAUGUGAUUGAUAAAUGGUCUCCAUUUAAUAUUUUGUUCGUAUAUAUAAUUAGUCGACUUUGAGUGAAAGAAAUAUACGAAUUCAGGUGGAGGCUCUUUAGAUGUAAGAUUUAUUAUUUUUUUUUUUUUUGGCUAAAAAGUUAUAAUUAUUUGUAAGCUUUUUUUUUUAAAAAAAAAGGUUGCCAAGAAAGUCGUUAAAUUUAAUUAUUGUAGUAAUUAGUUAUUUAUAAUUAUAUACUAACUGAUGUACCUAUUCCUAAUUAUAUUCAACUGUGUCGAUUAAUUAUUUUUAUAAAAAUAUAAAUAUGGUUACUUUAUUA